AUAUAUAAAAAAUUAAUAAUAAAAAAAACCUCGUUAAAUAUAACUACGAAAAUCUCCCUUGGCGACCGGUCGCAGCUCGGAAAGCAUAGCAACAAAGCAGUUGGCGAAACGAGAAGCCAAUUUAAUGGCGGCCCUUCCCUUCGCUUUUUCUCUUUCUAGGAUAUAGCGCAUGCGGCUUGCCUGAGAGAGGGAGGAGUUUUCUAUGGUAAUGGAGGAACCAGGGCAGCUGAAACGGGCGCUUAUUGAUACCACUGCUGGAGCACUUGCUGGUGCUAUAUCGCGCACGGUUACGUCGCCCCUUGAUGUUAUUAAGAUCAGAUUCCAGGUUCAACUGGAGCCCACAUCUUCAUGGGCUUUGGUUCAUGGAAAUAUGGGUGGAUCAUCAAAGUACACUGGAAUGUUGCAAGCAGCAAAAGACAUAUUUAGAGAGGAAGGCUUGCCGGGUUUCUGGCGUGGCAACGUCCCAGCUUUACUAAUGGUUAUGCCAUACACUGCCAUACAAUUUGCAGCGUUACACAAAUUGAAAACUUUUGCAGCUGGAUCUUCAAAGGCAGAGAAUCACAUUCAGUUAAGUCCUUACCUCUCUUAUGUCAGCGGGGCAUUAGCAGGGUGUGCUGCUACGAUUGGAUCAUACCCAUUUGAUCUUCUUAGAACCCUAUUGGCUUCACAGGGUGAACCAAAGGUCUAUCCAACAAUGAGAUCUGCAUUUGUUGAUAUCCUUAGAACUCGUGGCUUCAGAGGCUUAUAUGCUGGAUUAUCACCAACACUAGUCGAGAUUGUUCCUUAUGCUGGCCUUCAGUUUGGCACCUAUGAUACAUUUAAACGCUGGACCAUGGCUUGGAACUGCCACACUUCUUAUAAUAUGAGCUCGACCAAUAUUGAUGUUAGUCUUUCAAGCUUUCAGCUUUUUGUCUGUGGAUUAGCUGCUGGGACAUGUGCCAAACUAGUCUGUCAUCCUCUUGAUGUGGUUAAAAAAAGGUUCCAGUUUUGUUUUGGCUGCUGCAGAUUGAAGGACUACAAAGGCAUCCAAAGUAUGGUGCUCGAGUUGAGUACCGCGCUUACAAAAAUAUGCUUGAUGCACUGCGAAGAAUCUUGCAGGCCGAGGGUUGGGCUGGCCUUUAUAAGGGCAUUUUACCAUCAACCAUCAAGGCUGCACCAGCUGGUGCUGUAACAUUUGUAGCUUAUGAAUUCACAUCAGAUUGGUUAGAGUCUAUUUUGACUUGGAACUAACACAGCAUAUUUUUUGCUGUUUGUAUUUUGUUUCUUAAUCACUGUGAUCAUCUCAUUCUUUUUCAUAUAACCUCCAAAGGUCCCCCAUAAAAGUGGGGAUGAUUAUUGUUUCCUAUGAUCUAGUCAUUAUAAUAGGUGUCUGAGCUUUAUAUGUUUGUAGGGUAAGGUAGUGUGAGUAAAAAUAGAGAUAGAGCUCGAAAUGAAUUUUGUAGUUUCUGAAAUUGACAAUAAGACUCACGUUCGACCA